GAUUUGCAAAGUCUCCACGUUAUCUGCACACUACUUACAGACAUGGUGUCGAUGUUCAUUAGGUCAGGAGUCUUGGCUCUACUAUGCAUGGCCCAUGUCGCAACCCAAGAACAGUUUGUUUUCAAACAUGUCAUUGCGCUAAGCGGGUUUCGUUGCGUCGCGUCCGCAAAAAGUGUCGGUGUGGUGCGCAGUAAAAUCAUGUGUGCCGGGGCGUGCAAAAGAGACGUCGGUUGCAAGGCGUUCUUUCAUGACGUCACUUCAGGAGAAUGCUUUACGUACGGGACCGUACCGACCAGCACCGCCGGCUGUUCUGUGCGACAUGGGGCUUUCUUCAAAAAGCCAGGCGGAGUUUUCGGUGACGCAUGUGCAAGUAACGCAGGCUGCACGCUGUCCGGCAUGGAGUGUAUAGACAGCACGUGCCAGUGUUCGGAUCCACUCAAGUUCGACCCUGGGAGCGGAAAUUGUGUGACACAGUGCGCCACCUAUGGCACCACCUACACGUGGCGCCCUUUAAUAAAGCGAGAAAACACCGUCAAUUUGGAAACAUUAGGGAUUUUUACAACCCUUUCGGAUUGCAUGAACAGAUGCUCGUCAACAGACGCGUGCACAGGAGUGAAGUUCACACACGCGAUUGGCCCGUGCGUUCUGAAACAGGAGACCGCCUCGUCUUAUUCAGUUAUUCAGUUACUCGGGUUAUCCGACUGGUACAGCCGUAACUGCGUAUAAUCGUGCAUAAAACGCAUUAAUGAGCCGCGCUCUGUAAAAUUGGGGCUUAAUGCAUGUGGUCAAAGUGUCGUCCCAUGUUAAGCAUGUGCUGUCCGCACAGGCCAAUAAGGGACGACAGUUUCAAAAAAUUUCAUAAAAGCGACGUGCCGUCCCUGAUGAGCAUGUACGGACUGCACAGGCUAAUCUGGGACGAAACUAAACGCCCAUGCUUUAAGUCGCGUUUUACAGAUCGAGGCUCAUUUAAUAAUAACGCAUCUAGGUUAUGUUUGUUUUAUUUUGGAUUUGCAUCACAAAUAAAUGCAUGUGGAUUAGGUGAAUAUAUACUGAAUACCUAAUAGACAAAUGCAACACUGGUUCAUGUGCGUCAUUAACAUUACUCGCUCAGCAAAGUUCGUAAAUUUAUCAGCAAAGUUCGUACAUGUAUAAUGAAAAAAACAAUUACAAUUAGAAUCACUGUGUCAUUAAUACUUAAAAAGACUUUCAACAACAGCAUUGGUGUAUACCCGGAUGCAAAUAUUAUUCGCUAAUCGUGGUAAAACAAUAAUUGUAGAGUUUAUAAUAAUAAAAAAGGCCGUGUUAUUUGUAACAGGUGUCCAAAAUUA